AUGUCCAAGUUUUUACCGUUUGAAAAGAUUGGCAUCGUCGGUGCCGGGAGUAUGGGCUCCGAAAUGGCCCUGCUAUUCGCCGAGCACGGGUUGACCGUCUCGUCUUUUGACGUCGCAGGGCAGAACAUAGACAAUUUGAAGAAGUACGCCGAAUCAGCGCCGGAGGACGUGCGCUCGCGCAUCUCCACUUAUAAAGACUAUGAUCCGUUCAUAUCAAGCCUGGGCGGCAAGGAUACCCGGAAGCUGUUCGUCUUUAGUAUCAAGCAUGGAAGCCCUGCAGACCAGGUUCUUGAGUCAAUGGACAAGUAUCUAACGAAGGGGGAUAUUAUCCUCGACGGAGGGAAUGAGUGGUAUCUCAACACUGAGCGCAGGCAGAAAGAGCUGGGAAAGAGAGGCGUGCACUACAUAGGUAUGGGUGUCUCUGGUGGCUACCAGUCUGCCAGGCGCGGGCCGUCAAUGUCACCAGGGGGGAAUCCCGACGCUGUCAAGGAAGUUUUGCCUAUCCUGGAGAAGUUCGCGGCGAAGGAUAAGAAGACGGGCGCUCCCUGCGUGACAGCUAUCGGUCCCGGAGGUUCUGGGCAUUAUGUUAAGAUGGUGCAUAAUGGGAUCGAACAGGGCAUGUUGGGCAUCAUGGCCGAGUCAUGGGAGCUCCUGUACAAGUGCCUGGCCAUCCCCCUCGACGAAAUCUCCGCCGUUUACCGUAAGUGGGCGGAGCAAGGUGAACUCGCACGUAAUUUUCUCGUGGAGAUUGGCUCGGACAUUUGCGGCCAGUCGGAUGAGUACACCCAUUCCGCCUCUCACCUCCUCAACAAAAUCCAAGACAAGGUCGUUCAGGACGCCGACGACAGUGAGGGAACUGGUUUCUGGACCAUCGUGGAGGCCGCCAACAGGCACGUCAGCGCGCCGACAAUCGCGGCCGCCCACUUCCUCCGCGUCGCCUCCUCUGACCGCGCACAACGCCUGCAGGUCGUCGAGGCCCUCGGUCAAGACCUCGGCGCCGCACGGAAGCAGCAGAUAUCUGAUGAUGAGAAGAAAGCGUUCGUGGAGGACCUGAGACUCGCUGUGUACUGUGCGACGCUGGCGAGUUUCGCGCAGGGAAUGAACCUCAUUGCCCGGGCCAGUGACGACGAAGAGUGGAAUGUGGACCUAAGUAAGUGUAUACAGAUCUGGCGGGAGGGAUGUAUCAUCCGCAGCGAGUAUAUUGCGGACUUGUUGCAGCCGUUGUACGAGAAAGAGCCUGCGGUACGCAAUACGCUCACCUUGGGUCCUGUGGCGGAUGAGAUCAAGAGGACGUUCCCGGCUCUCCAGAGGGUAGUAAAGAGGGCCUUGGAGUGGAAUGCGCACAUUCCUUCCAUUUCUGCUAGCCUAGAAUACUUCAAGUAUUGCGCGGGGCUGCACCUCCCGACACAGUUUAUGGAAGCCGAGCUUGAUUAUUUCGGCGCUCACUCUUUCGACCUGAAGGAGGAGGGGCCCGGCGACGUGAAGAAGGGCAAGCACCACUUCGAAUGGAAGCCUGCGUGAAUUACUUAGUUGAGGGAGACGAAGAAACGAG